AUGUUUUCCAAUAUUUACAACAAAUUAUUAACAAAUAUCCCAAGUAUUAACUCAUUAGAGACAAGAUUCCUCUCUAAAAGUUUAAAUUCAACAACAAGAAACCUCUCAACCAAUGUUAACCGACAGAAUUCAAAGGAAUUCGAUGUAUUUAUAGUCGGAGGAGGAACUACAGGGACCUCCCUCUUCUACACUUUUUCAAAGUUUACAAACCUGAAAAGGAUCGCUCUGUGUGAAAGGAGAGCAGGAUAUGCACUUUCAGCAUCGUAUCCCAAAAAUAAUAGUCAAACCAUUCAUUGCGGAGAUAUUGAGAGCAAUUAUACCACUGAAUCGGCGAGAAAGGUAAAAAGGGCGGCUGAUAUUUUGAGGAAUUAUUUAACUAAAUUGCCAAAAGAUGUUUUGGAUAGUAUUGCAAAAGAGGGCCAAAAGAUGUUAAUUGGAGUUGGAGAUGCAGAAUGCGAAUUUGUAGAAAAGAGAUUUAAGCCUUUCAAGGAAAUUUUUCCAACAAUGGAGUACUUGACUAAGGAUCAGAUAGCAAAAGCUGAGCCGAAUGUGAUUUUAAAAAGGAACGGAGAGCCGAGACCAGAAUCAGUUAACGCACUUUACGUGGAGAACGAACUCACGACAAUAAACUUUCUGAAACUGUCAGAAACGUUCGUGAAAACAGCGGAGAACCCAGAUAAGGAUCUGGUGACUAUGAUGAACACGGAAGUUAAGAAUGUUGAGAGACUGGAAAAUGGAUUUAAAGUAAACACUAAUAAGGGAGAGUUCUUUUCAAAGUUUGUAAUUUUUGGUACUUGCGGAUAUUCACUACUGUUCGCACAUAAAAUGGGCUUUGGACUUGAAUAUAGUGUGCUUCCAGUAGCUGGAAGCUUUUACUUUUCAAAGGACAUUUUGAAGGGGAAAGUUUACACAGUUCAGAACCCUUUGCUGCCUUUUGCAGCCAUUCACGGAGACCCAGACAUUGUCGCUGAUAACCAGACAAGACUGGGCCCAACAGCUUUGCCACUUCCUCUCCUCGAGAGGUACAACCUGUCAAGUUUCCCUGACUUUUUGAGGGUCUUCAGGCUGGAUCACAGGGUACUGUUAGUUUACUUUGAUCUCUUUAAGCAGAGCACGAUAAGGAACUAUGUUCUUAAAAACUUUUUGUUCGAAGUGCCUUUGCUCUCGAGGUGGCUUUUCUUGAGGGAUGCCAGGAAAAUCGUUCCAUCCCUGAAUUACUCAGACAUCGUGUAUUCUCAAGGAUACGGAGGAGUAAGACCUCAGCUAGUUGAUAAAAAGAAUAGGAAACUCCUGUUUGGUGAGAGUAAAAUAAGGUCAGGAGACGGCCUGAUAUUCAACAUUUCCCCCUCUCCAGGCGCUACAACAUGUCUUUCAAAUGCAGUGGGUGAUGCAAGGGAGGUUUGUGAGUUUCUGGGUGGAACUUUAUAUGAAGACCGUGUUAAAAAGUUUUUGUUAGAAGGCGAGUAUGAAGUUACGACCUAG